AUGACAAAUCGAAGAAGAACAUUAAGAUGCUGUUACUGUGAAAAAUUGGUUGAACGGAAAUGUAUGACUAAUGUCGCAGCAAAUCUCGAACUUCGUGAAAAAUGGAUUUCGAUUCUUGGAAAACAAUUCUCCAACAAUUUGAAGAAAGUUAAGCAUCCUAUGAUUUGUCGCAAACAUUUCAAAGGAAAUACUGAACAUCGAUGGAAAUACAAACUUCCGGUUCGAAUGGAUGAAGAUAAAGAAGACGAAGAAAAUGAUGCAGAUGACGACGAACAUCAGGAAAGUGAGGAAUUUAAGAAGGAAGAUGAGGUUGAAAUAAAUGCAACAAUUGCAGAAUUGGUAUGAUUUUUUCUAAAUGUUCAACCGAAACAUCAGAUUUGUGUCAAGACUCUGCAUAUAUUUGAAAUUGUUUUCAGAAUCAAGUUCAAGAUGAUGAAACUGGCUCAAAUGUUCCAUCAACAUCAGCGAUUCCAAAAAACAACGGGAAAAGAGCAACUGGAAAACAAGAAGUCAGAAAGAAGAGAAAAAUCGAAUCAAAGUCUGAAGAAUCAUCGAAAAGAGGAGAAUUGGGUGAAGAACACGAAGAAAAUGACGAUAAGGAAGAUGAUGUUGAAAUGAAUGAAACAAUUCAAGAAUUCAACGAUAUUGUGGAGAAUGUUCCGGAAAAACAGGUUGAAAAUCAACAAGAAAAUAUGGAUAUUGAACAAGUUUUCCUAAUGGUAUGAUUUAUUUUAUGAAAGUUUGGUAUGAUUUAUUUAUUGAAAAUAUUACCAAUAGUGUGUAAAUACUACUACGAAUUUCUAGGCCGCAAACUCUUAAAAACUUUUUUGGUAGAUCGAAAAUAGUUUUCUCUAAAUCUCUCACUUUUGCUUUGAAUUUCGUCAACUUUAGUGAAAAAGUUUUUUUUUUGUGUGUAAAUUAUGUUUUGCGAUUCUCUAUUUAUGUUUUUUUUUUUAUCAGAACGAAGUUCAAGAUGUUGAAACAAUCUCGAUUGUUCCAUCGACUCCAAAAAACAACGGAAAAGUUGCUUCAGAUGAGCAAGAAAUCAGAAAGAAGAGAAGAAUCGAUUGGAAUUCUGAAAAAUCGUCGAAACGAGGAAAAUUGGGAGAAGAAAUGGAAAAAGAAGUGGUUGAAGAACAGAAAGAAAAUUAUGAUAAAGUAAUUGAAAAACAACCAAAAUUGAUGGAUUUAUUGAGAAAUGUUCCGAAAAAAGAAAAGGAAGAUAAUGGUAUUGUAAUUAUUGUAAGUUUUCUGGUUUUUGAGAUUAAAAAUAAAAGAUUAUAAAUAAUUUCAGCAAAGUCCUCUUAAUGAAAUUCUUGGAGAAUUUGGAAAUAUGGAACAAGAUGUGAAAGAUCGAGAAAAUCAGAAAAAUUCUCAAGAAAAUGGAUUAUUGAGAAUCAAAAGAGAAGAACAAGGAAAUGGACAUUUGGUGGGUAUUUUUAAUAAUAAAAAAUCGAGACUUUCAAAAUAGUAAUUUGAUUUUUCAGGUUCCUGAAUCGACUGAAAUUGAAUUGUUGCCAAAUGAAAGGCCAAUAGUAAAAGAACAACAGAAAGAUUUGGAACAAUCAGAAAACAUUUGCCGAAUUUGUGAUGUUCAAUUAAUUUCAUCAAUUCAAGCCAUUCCAGUCCCAACAAAUGUAACAGAACUUAUUAGAUUUUAUACUGCUUUUGGCGAAAAAUUCACUAAAAAUAUUUAUGAAAAAUCAAUCCCCCAUUUUAUUUGUUUGUCACAUGUUUUACAGAAGAAUUGGGAAAAUAUUUGAAUCAUAAUUCAUUUGAAAAUAAUGAAGUUUUUGUUUUAUUUUGAAUAUUCAUAGAUUUUUUGAAUACGGUUAGAUCCGAUAUUAUUUGUAUUUAACAUUCUAGAUUAUCUUUCUCAUUGUGAGAACAAAAAUGUGAGCAGGAAAUUGGGAUGAAAAAUCAAGAAAUUGGAGAAUUCACGAAAAAAAGAGCACAUACAAACACGAAUAAAUCAAAAUGUUGUUAUUGUGAAAAAUUGACUGAACAAAGAUAUAUGACUCGUGUGCCAACAAAUCUCGAAGUUCGUUUACAAUGGAUAAUGAUUCUUGGAGCACAAUUCGCAGAAAAUGUUGAUAAAUACAAUCCAAAUGGAUGUUAUUUUGGUCGAAUUUGUAUGACACAUUUUAGUGGACAUUUUACACAUCGAAAAAAGUAUGAAUUUCCGGUGGCUGCUGAAAUUCAGCCACUGGAAACCGCUGAAGAAUAUUUAGAAUAUGAAAAAGAAGAAGAAACAACUAUUGAGAAAGUGAGUCACAAUUAUAAUCACAAUAAAUCCUUUUCAAAAAUAAAAUUGAAUUAUUUCCAGUCAUUUCGAAAAUCCUCUUCAUUUCUUCGAACAUGUUGUUAUUGCCUAAAACGCCUGAAACAAGACGAAAUGAAACGUGUGCCGUCUCUUCAAAGUGUUCGUCAAAAAUGGAUCGAAAUUCUCGGACCUCGUUUUGCCAGAAAUUUGGAAAAUAUUAAAUAUGAUUGUAUUUGUCGAACACAUUUUAAAAGAUUUGUCAAAUAUCGAAGAAAUCAAUUACCAGUUAGAAUGGAGGAAGAUAAUGAAGAGGAAUUUGAAAUAAUUGAAGAAAAUCCUGAAGUAGUUGAAAUUAUUGUAAGUUUUUGGGAAAUAUUCAUCAAAUAUAUUUCAUAAAAUAUAAUGUUUCCAGCAAAGAAACAGCCAAAGAGAAAGAAUUUAUCAAAAAUUUGAUGAAGAAUUUAUGAAUGAUGAAACUGAAGAUAAAAAUUUGGUAGAAAUCGAGAAAAAUGGAUUAUUGACAGUUCAACGAGAAGAAAAACGACACAUUUUUGAAACAAAUCAAAAAACUUGUCGAAUCUGUGAAAUUGAAUUGGACAGUUCAAUCAAAACAAUUCCAAUUCCAACAGAUGCUGAUGAUUUUAUCAAAUGGUUAGAAGUUUUUGGAAAAAAGUUUUCGGAUAAUAUUUUAAGAAACUCAAAACCUCAUUUUGUUUGUAUGUCUCAUGUUUUUGAAACUUAUUGUUGAUUUUUUUGUUUUUUUCUUUGUUAUGAUAACAUUUUUUGUUGUAUUUAUUUGAAAAUCUCGUUUGAAUACGGUUUGAACCGAUAUUAUUUGUAUUAAAAAUUCUAAAUUCUUGGAACAAAAAUUUCAGGAUGAAAAAUCGAAGAAGAACAUUAAGAUGCUGUUAUUGUGAACAAUUGGUUGAACGGAAAUGUAUGACGAAUGUCGCAGUAAAUCUCGAACUUCGUGAAAAAUGGAUAAAUAUUCUCGGAAAACAAUUCGCCAACAAUUUGAAGAAAGUCAAAUAUCCUAUGAUUUGUCGCGAACAUUUUAAAGGAAAUACUGAACAUCGAUUUAAAUACAAACUUCCGGUUCGAAUGGAUGAAGAUAAAGAAGACGAAGAAAAUGAUGCAGAUGACGACGAACAUCAGGAAAGUGAGGAAUUUAAGAAGGAGGAUGAGGUUGAAAUAAAUGCAACAAUUCCAGAAUUGGUAUGAUUUUUUCUAAAUGUUCAACCGAAACAUCAGAUUUGUGUCAAGACUCUGCAUAUAUUUGAAAUUGUUUUCAGAAUCAAGUUCAAGAUGAUGAAACUGGCUCAAAUGUUCCAUCAACAUCAGCGAUUCCAAAAAACAACGGAAAAAGAGCAACUGGAAAACAAGAAGUCAGAAAGAAGAGAAAAAUCAAUUCGAAUUCUGAAGAAUCAUCGAAAAGAGGAAAAAUUGGAGAAGAAAUGGAAAAAGAAAAUGGAUUGGUUGAAGAACAAAAGGAAAAUGAUGAUAAAGUAAUCGAAGGACAAGCUAAAUUGAACACAUUUUUUGAGAAAUGUUCCGAAAAAAGAAAAGGAAGAUAAUGGAAUUGUAAUUAUUGUAAGUUUUCUGGUUUUUGAGAUUAAAAAUUAAAAUUCAUAAAUAAUUUCAGCAAAGUCCUCUCAAUGAAAUUCUUGGAGAAUUUGGAAAUAUGGAACAAGAUGUGAAAUAUCGAGAAAAUCAGAAAAAUUCUCAAGAAAUUGGAUUAUUGAGAAUUAAAAGAGAAGAACAAGGAAAUGAACAUUUGGUGGGUAUUUUUAAUAAUAAAAAAUCGAAAAUUUCAAAAUAGUUAUUUGAUUAUUUUUCAGAUUCCCGAAUCGCCCGAAAUUGAAUUUUUGCCAAAUGAAAUACCAAUCGAACAAGAACCACAAAAGGAUUUUGGACCAAUCGAGCACACUUGCCGAGUUUGCGAUAUCAAACUGAUUCCAUCAAUUCAAGCAAUUCCAGCGCCAACAAACACAACAAACUUUUUAA